UGGCCGCGAGAUGGCAGCUCACGGAAUCGAUCGCUACCUCGGGCAGAUAUAACCCGGCUAGUGACAGUGGAGUGCGCGUCGGCCAGCUGCUCACUGUUUAUCCACUCAUUUUCUCAUUCAGAACAAGUCUUCGUUCCUGAAAACAGGUGUGGGAAGAGGCGAGAGAGAUCUGCAUCCUCAGCAGCCAGAGCAGCAGCGAGAGGAGCAGCAGAAGAAGCAAGAGCAGCAGCAGCAGCAGCAGCCGCAGCAGGUUUGGGGCAGUGCGCUGGAGUCCUGAUGGUUGUCCAGCGUGCCUUAUGUUGAGCCUGCGUCUUGUGUCAACCAGGUCGCUCAAACAGCCGUAGACAGGGACCAUCAUGUGCCGUGACAGAGAUAUGAACCCCUGACCUCUCUUCUACCCGCCCGCCGCCCAGUUAUCACCGUCGUCGCCGCUGCCGCAAACCACACGUGACUGCCACCACUGUACUGCCACCACCGGCACCACUAUAGUUCCGCCGCCGCCGUCUCCACCACGACGCCAUCACCAGCAGGAUUAUUAUCACGCCUUCGCCGCCGCUAGCACCACGUCUCACUUCUGGAUUUGGAGGAGCCCACAACCAGCUAGCUAGCGCCAGCUCCGCUUCAGCGGAGCCCCUAGGGCAAGGCCAAGUUUGGUUCUGGCCUACAAGCGAAGGCACGGCGCAUACCACUAACCACCAGAAUAUCACAGGCAUUCUCAGGAUUUUCCAGGACCUCCCACUCGUAGCCUAGGGACGAGUUGCACAGCUGGGAACGAGUCAAUGCCGACUAGUGCUCCCUACAGACUCCAUCCUAAAGAAAGCUAAUCUACUUUACAACAAGUGAUAUAUCCAGUAUACACACACCGAGUGGUCGAGUGCUUGCUUCACCUUGAGCAGCGGCUUACUGAGAAAUUCAACGCUUAUCCUUUCCCUUCUACCUCCUCCCCACCACCAGCUUUAUAUAUCCCCCAACACCCACACCAACCCCACCACCCUCUUCCUUCUUUUUGACUCCACCAGGCCGGGGUAGUCUCUCUGUCUCUCUCCUCUCUUCUUCCUACCUCCCACACUUCCUACCCACCAACUACCGCUCACCCCCAACAGGCGAGAAUAAUCUCUCGCUUCCUCUUCUUUUAUAGCCAGUUCUUCAUCCUCCUUCAGACACAUCCACUUCAAACUCUACCUCCAUUCCCUCUCCCCUCCAUCCCCUUCCAUCCUUCCUUCCUUCCUUUCCCCCCUUCCCCUUUACCACAACCAUCAACUCGGGGAACCACAGUGAAACACAACUCUAUAUACACUGUUAUCCAUGGCUGCGGGCUAAACUCUGUAAAAAAUGUAUAUAUGUAUUAUAUAUAUAAACUAAUUCUGAUGGCUAUGCUUUAAUGAGUGUAUGUGAUAAUAUACAUAUAUAAAUACCUAUAUAUAUAUAUACAUAUAUAUAUAUAUAUAUAUGUUAUAUAUAUAAAUAUACUUUAUUUGAGAAACUAUACAGAGAGAGGUCUAUAUAAUUUUUGCAGAAAAAAAACAAAGUUUUGAAAGAAAAAAAAAAAGUGCGAUAGGACUGUUUGUUGUAAUCUUUGGGUCUGUGUUUGAGUUUUCUCUGCAUAGCUUUGGUUAGGCGUCUCAUCAAAAACUCUGCUUGAAGGAGUGCUUCACGGGGACACAAGUCAAGACAAAUCGAUAAUAUAUAGAGAUAACUGCAGCUUUAGCAAGAUAGCAAGCUGACCACCAAGCGUUGAAGAUAACGCGUGAAGAACAAGAAAGAGAAAGUAAUAUUAUUGGCUAGAAGAACAAAAAUUCAUUUAGCAUCUGCAGCUACAUCAGAAUAGCAAGUGAGCAAGAGAGAGAGAAUUAGAAAGCAACACGUCUAUUAGAGGAGAAAGAACACAUUUUGAAGAACCACCACCACGAAGUUUCAAGAAGCCAACACGUCUAUCCUUUGCUCAGCGGGUGUGGGGACAGGAGAUCCGCGUGUGCUGCAAUCACUCCCAGUAGUGCCCAGUGAACAAGUCACAGUAAUCACGGAGUCUCUCAACUGUUGCCGCGUCCCCACCCCAGGAGAGCCACCAGGGCCCCUGGGAACUCCCCAGGCACCGUUUGGACCUUCCUCAACGCCAGUACCCCCACCACCGAGGCUCCCGCGACUGCGUUACCAAGACACCACCGUUAUCGGGGCUUUCCCUGCUGCGUUGGGAGGACGCCGCUGCCGUCACCUCUACGCCCCUUCGACGCCACCACCAGCACUUCCCUAAGAGGGCAGCUUUUACGAGCAGCCAUCGAGGAACGUGCGAGCCAUGCGUCGACCCUCGUUCUGUUGUGAGCAGCAUGGUGCUGCACACACCAAAUGUCAGCCCCAGGAGGGCGGAGAGAGCACCCUGUCUAGGGUGCGUAGGUUCCUGGCUGUGUCCAUGGGCGGGAGGUCCAGUUCCAGCUGCAAGCAUCACACCACCACCAUCCCUCCCGACCCACUGCACGCCCCCGCGCACGCCGUACACUCGCUCCUCGCAGACAUGAAGGGCGCUGGUGUGGGCGUGCAGGGUAUACUGGGUCGCCCGUUGGACGAGGUGAUGGCCGCCCAUGGCGAGGAUACUAACAGUCAUGGCGUGCCCACCCUGGUCCACCUUCUCUGUUGUUUCCUACUCACACACGGUGUUGAUUAUGACACAUUGGUGAGUGAGAACUGGUGUGCAGAAGAGGUGAGGACCAGACUCUUGUUGGAGCGAGAAGCAGCUGGCGUUGACCCUGAAGUCCAGGAUACGCCCCCAGGUUCAGAUUCUGCUGUGGCUACGGGUCUGCUGCGGCUCUUCCUCGACGAACUGCCUCACCCACUGCUCCCUCCAGAAGUGGCUCCUCUCCUUCUCCAGAUGGCAACAGAUUCGGGAGUGGGUGAGAGAAGAGAGAGCGAGGGUUUGUGUGGCGGCAGCGGAGGAGGAGAGGGAGGAGCAAAUGAGAGUGAGCUGGAAGGAGGAGGAGGGGAGGUAGGAGGAGUGGGAGGGGGAGGAGAAGAAGGACCUCCAGGGCUGUGUGUAGCAGUGGUGCCCCGCCUCCGACGCCUCCUGCACCGCCGUGUACCCGUACACAACCUCUGCCUCCUACGUUACCUCGCUGCCUUCAUCCACCAGCUGCGAACUGGCAACCACAACACCUGUCCAGUGGCCGUGGUAUCGCUGAGUCGAGUGCUGGCACGGGUUGUGAUUGCUCCAGACGACAAGGAGACGCAGGGGCAGGCAGCCAACAGGUUGGGAGAACUGCUUAUCCUCUGCUACACCGACAUCUUCCAGAGCAAUGAAGAAAUUGCUGAUGAUACAGAUGAUCUGAGCGACAGCGGUAGUAGUCCUGGCAGCGUCGGGGACUCCAGGGAGGACGGCCUCGACGACGAGGACGAGGACGAGGCCGACACCACCACCACCGACACGGACGACUUCCGUUCACCUCCGGUGUCGCCUCUGAAAGUGGACACCCCGCUGGGGCCUACGACACUGAGGGGUUCACCAAGCCUGCCCCUGCACCCACCUACACUGCCUGCAAGGCUGGGAGAGGUGGGCAGCAGUAGCAGCAGCAGGAGCAGUGUGUGUGUAGCGGCCUGGGGAUCCACUUCCACCAUCCCGGGAGGGGGCACAGACAAGAAUCCAGAUGACUUGCCUCUCCAUCCGGUCUCGUCCGUCACCUUUGACCCUGAUGAACCUGUGACCCAAGCACCAGCGUCCACUUGCGACCCCGCCGGCGCGCAGGUCAGGCAGCCAGAGCCCCCACGGGAGAGUGGCAAGCAGGCCCCCCCGGAGGUAGCACACGACACGGCCGCCUCACGACAAGAUCUCCACUUGCCCGGCCUCCACCGCAAGCGCAAAGAACACGCUGACGGCAAGGAAGGAGGCGAACACGACCCCAAAGUGAUCAGGUCGAACAAGGAGGUCGUCGGCGACCUUGAUACCAUCAGGUCAAAGGUGCCAACGUACACAAAGGAUUUCCUGGAGAGUCCUUCUGAUUCCUUAGUCUCGCCCGAAGACGAUGACGACGAUGAUCUUCUGUCCACAGUUGACGAGGAUCACACAACACAGAGCCCUGAGAGCAGCUGCGUGUCCGCCCAUGACUACUGGGAGACUGGCGGCGAGAGCGAUGUCCACAGAGUUUGCCCUGACGACCUGGACAACACUCACGAAGAGCGACGACUCAGCGAGAGGUCGUUCCCCAGGGCCUACCCGCAGUCGUCACGCCGGAACCGCCGCAAGACCAAGAAACGACACCACAGCCACAACCCCAAGGACAGCGGGAGCCAUUCCCAGUCUACUGAAGAAGAAAAGACUCCAUCCUACCUGAGUUCUUUAACAUCAGAUGAUGAGCCAACACGUUAUGACCCAGUGCCACCUGAAGUUUCAACUUGUGAACUUGGCUUAAGGGGAUCUCAGCAGCGUCCAUCAGGCUUCAGUGAAUUAGUGGAUGCCAGUGAACCAGUGACAAGUGAUCGAGGCUCUUGGGGUAUGCGUGGUGCUGCCCAUACUGACCCUUUUCACCGAACUGCACCACGCUACAGCCGCUUCGAUGAUGAGGACAGUGCAAUACAAAGCAGUUGGUAUCGCAGUGAUGAGGAUGACACUGUUAUCUCGCCUCGAGUAUCUCGGGCUUUCAUUAAUACCGGAGCACCACAAGGGCGAGAUGACAAUCCCCCUCCUGGCCAGAGUGCAGUGAAGAUUCUCAUGAAAAAUAUAAAUUCUAUUAAGAAAAGGAUAAAGCGCUAUGAAGAAGAAUUUGAAGCUUCCUUUGGAUACAGGCCUUCACACAGUGAAAAAAUGAAGCACAAGGAAAUAAAGAAAUACAUGAGUGAACUCAGCAAAGCCCGAAAAGAGCUCAAACAAAUGAAAGAUGGUGUUGCAGGGCUGGUAUCUGUACCAACAGUAUUUCCACUGUCACUCCUUCGCUGUCAAGAGUCUACUAACCCAGGAGCAAGACCUGCUGGAUCAUCAUCAAGUACUGCAGGAACACUGAGGCAUGUGGAAGACAGGUUAAGGGAGAAGAGGUCUCUUUCAGGACGGCCAGCUGAAUUAACAAACAUGAGCUGUGUAGAAAUGCAGGAAGAAAAAACAGCAUUACAGAAAGCUCUUCUGUAUUAUGAAGCUAUUCAUGGACGACCCACAACUCGCGAGGACAGAGACUUGGUACGACCAUUAUAUGACCGCUAUCGCCAGGUUAAGAGGAUUGUCGUAAGAUCCUCGUCUAGAACAAAGGAAAACCUUGCUGAAUUGCCCCCCAUUAUUGAGCAUGUGGCUAUGGAUUUUACAUUGGCAUCACCUCAACAUCGUAGUUCCUUACAAGGAGAUGAAAUUGAAAAACUAAUACCAGCAGCACCUAACACUCCUCCAGGGUUUGAUUCUCCACCCACAUUUGAUAGUUCACAAGCAGCAGUUGCUCAGAGUGAUGAUCCUAAAGAUGGUCAACGGUCAGUGGCACUGGGUGAUCUCCAUGCUCUACCUCUAAGUGAGCUGAGAGAAAGAAAAAAGGAAGCACGUGAGGAAAAGAAGAAAUUAAGACGGUUGCUUCGAGAAUAUGAAGAGAAAUUUGAAAGAGAAAUGGGUCGUAAAGUGCAGAAAGAGGAUAGAGGACCCAUGGAACAGACUUAUUUGGAUUACAAACAUGCAAAGGCAAAGUUAAGGCUCCUAGAGGCUCUCCUAUCAAAGCAUGAACCCCUGAAGGUUUGAUAGACUUUCAGCUAAACUAUCAAGGUCAGAGCUUAUUUUUUGGAAAAAGUCAAUAUUUGUAUUUUGCUUACAAUUACACUGUAAGCUUUCAAUGCUGUAACUAGGUUUGUUUUGGCUUUCUUUGAUGAGAUUUGUAAACUGCAUUCAGAGUAUUCUCUACAGAUUCUGUAUUUUGAAGUGCAGCUGGUGUGAUUGUAAUGUGUAAAAGGGGAGGCAUCCCAGUCCAUGUUUUGUGCAUUGUUGUUCUGACAUGCGCGGGUAAUGCAUGAACUGUGAUAAGUUGUCGAAGUUGCCAAUAUGGUAAACUAAAGAAUCCAUAGUUUUGAAUAUAAUAUUAACUAUAGGAAAAAUAAGGUCUCACAAAUACCUAUACAAACUCUUGUCAUGGUUAUUUUUUAUAUUCAGAGCACUUUGGAUUUGGGAACUUCAUGAUCAGAAGAUGCUUCUGCAUCCUUCAAAUUUUUUCUUGGAUGCUCUGGACUCGAAUGCAUUGAAGCUUCCAAAUAUACUUUAUCCAUAUAAUUGCUGAACUGUGCUAAGUGUAAGGUACCUGAAUUUAGCAUUAAGGUACAGUAGCUGUUUGGACCCUGGGGCAUGAUAUCUUUGACUAAAGUAUGUAAAAGUUGUUUCACAACACUACCCUUGCCCUUUGUUUGAGACAUCUGUAAAAAGUCUAUAAUUGUUGUUUGCUUAAGGAUUGCCUUUUAAUAAAAAACUAUUUGCCUUCAUCAAAAAUAAGGGCAUGCAAGAUAGUGAAGAGCUCUCCAUGUGGUCCGAUUAUGCACACAGUGUUCACUUGAGUUAUACUUGUAUUUUGUGGAUUUUGUAUUGCAGACUUAAUAAUGUAGACUCGGAAUUUUAUCAUACAUAUAUCCCCAGGAAGAUUUGUUGGGCUACUUGACCAAUAUUUGUGUAUAUCUUCACCUAAGAUUCCUGUGGUAUGCAUUUAAAGGUGUGUGUGUGCUUGUUAUAGGCAAAACUACAUGUUGCCUAACCACUUGUAGGGAAUGUGUAGCCAAUUUUGUAUGUCUUCAUUCCUGUAAACUCAAUGCUGCCUCAUUUCAAACACUUGAGGCAGUUUGUGUGCCGCAUAUUCAGUGUAUUUAGAUGUACUGCACACAAGUAUUUGCCAUCUGUUAGCUAAGAUGCAUUUGAACAUUGUCAACUGCAUUUCCUUUCUUGAGUACAUUGAGGAACCAAUUUCUUGUGAAUGCAAUUGCAUAUAAGCAAUUAGUAGUUUACUUUGCAAGCAGCUGAACUUCACUAAUACAUAGCUAGCAGCUGCCAUGGCAGAUUGUCAGUUAUAGCCAUAAGCUUACUGUAUGCUGAAACUGCUUUGCAAGGUAAUAAUCAGGAAUUCUGUGCAGUUUAAUACUUAACUGCUUUUUACAAUAUACAUGCAAGUGCAUUCACGUUUAAAUUCAGAGUGAACUUUUGUAACAGACUGUAGUGAAAUGUUUGCAUUCACAAUUAGACUGAACUAAAAAAAAAAAAAAAAAUUACCACUGGUGACACAUUAUCUGAGUGUUCUUGCCUCUGUAGUUCAUUACAGCUUCAGACUGCCUGUUGUUACUUUGAUAUGAAUAGUUAGAUGAAUAGUAUUAUCAUAUAUAUAUAUAUGGUUAUGUAUAUUAAUGACCUUAGAUUAUAAUAUGGUCCUGUACCUGUUAGUAUAUUUAUGGCAGACAGUUACUAGAAACUAUUACUUCCCAUACAUAUGAGGAUUUAUUAAUUGUAGUGUUUGUUCAGAGUAAAAAAAUUGAUUUUACCUUGAGCCUCACUUUUCAAAUGGUUUAAUUUUUUUUUUUACUUAAAAAUGCUCUAGUUAUGUUCUGCUACAGUCCAGUUGCUGAUUAAUUUAAACUAGCUGGCAACAAAAAGUUGUGAAACUUCAGGCUUUUAUAAUAGUUUGGACUUAACCCUGGUUAAUUUAUUUUUAAGGCCUUAAAGAAUCAUGUUUCCAUUUAAAUUUCUUUCAUAUCUGUGGGAUAGAUGAAGCUGCAAAAGUUUGUUCACAUAAUUGAGAAAUGAUGCAGGAACAAAAAUUUUGAAAACAUGUUCAGCUAUUUGCUCUAAAAGUUUGAUUUUGAAAUAAGUUGACAAUUUUUACACUUCGUAUAUUCCUCAGUUAAAGGCUAAUGCAAACAAAGAUGCUAGCCAAUUUGCAUAUUUUUUUGGUAGGAGGGGGGGGUGGAGAGGCUAGGAAUUGGAAACGUAAUGUUAAGGCUUUACAAAAAGACUGUUUAAACUUUUUAUAAACAUUGUGUAAUUCACAAAUGGUGAUGCUGCCAUUACAGCAAAGCCUCAAUAAUCCAGCAUUCCUUAAAGCAAUGUUUAUACAUUUUCAAGACUUUUGAAAGACAAAAGCUUCAGGGAGAGGUCCCUAAUGGUCAGUGACUAGAACAUUUAAUCCACAUAAUAAUGAAAUGUUACCGUCUAGCAGUAUUUAUUGGGUUUAUCGAGGUUUUACUGUAUUUUGAAGUUCCUAUCUGGACGUGGAAACUGCAUCAAGAUUGCAAGACCCAAAUUACAUUGUUAAACUUAAUAGCAGAUUUAGACAAGUGAGGGAAUCCUUUGAUUUUAAUAAUAAAAAUUGAUUUGUGCAUUAAAAAUUUUUUUUCAAGGGAUAGGCAAUUUGGACCAUUUUCUGCUAAAACUUUUUUUUUUUUUUUAAAUCAUUAAAAGAUGCCUAUCCCUAUUUUUAUCCAGAAUAGUGUUGUGAAAAAUAGUGGAGAUUGAUGUUCAAGCAGAUCAUGGAUAUAUGCUUAGUGUCUUGUGAAUGUGAUGCUGGAUACAGUAGACAGUUGUUACAGAGGUCCAAAUGAAGAAAAGUAAACUCAUUUUAUAUGGAUUAACCACACAAUAAAGUAAAAUGAGCAAC